AGGAAUCGAUUAGAAUUUGCAAAUGGUUCUUCGAUCUCUCACCUGAUUUUUACCCUUGGAUCGAAUAUAAAUGGACGAGUGAGCAAUUCACCUUUGAGUAUAAAGGAGAAACACACGUUCUCUAGGAUGGAUUCACGUUACAAAUUGGAACCAGGACAAAGAGCAUUACAUACGAACACACAAUCUAUACAGGUAAACAUGCACCUUAAUGUGAGAUAUAAAGAUCCUCGUAACCUAAAAGAGUUGUUAACCGAGUUCAAGAUUGAGAAUGGAGAAUUUGAAAACUGGAUCAAUACUAUUCCUG